CAGCCAAACAGCUUCAUAAAAAGGUUUAGAAAGUGAGAGGAAGAGACCCCAUCAUUUAAAAUCCAUCACAUGCAUGGAUAAGGUAGGGACCAGCUACUGCUAUGUUAUUUCAAAGAUAAUCAUCUUUUUCUAUCUCACAUCCUAAUAUCUACAGAAAGAAACUAUCAAUAAGCCUGAAAGAUGGCUACCUUGUUUGGCUCUCCACCAUUCCUCUCUCACCCGUUAACCAGAACUAAUCACAUCUCUUCCUCGUCACAAACGCCGCCGCCUCCAUCCACUCCACCUUCACAACCACAACCUCCACCGUCGCCGCAGCUAAGCACGAGCUUAUCUGAGCAGCCGACACCAGUCUUCUCUGCUAAAGUGCAAGAACAGAAGAAAUCUACCAAAGUUGAAAGCACUGACUGGAUAGCUUCCACAUUAACAAGGCGUUUUGGUCUUGGUGCUGGCCUUGCUUGGGCUGCUUUUCUUGCAGUUGGUGUGGUCUCUGAACAGAUUAAGACCCGACUUGAAGUCUCCCAACAAGAAGCAAAUACAAGAGAUGUAGAGAAGGAAGAAGAGGUGUUAUUGCCUAAUGGCAUAAGGUACACUGAGUUGAGAGUUGGUGGUGGAGCUUCUCCAAGGGCAGGGGAUUUGGUGGUGAUUGAGCUAAAGGGAAAAGUAGAAGAAAGUGGAAAAGUGUUUGUUGAUACAUUUGGAGAGAAGAAGCCUUUGGCUCUGGUAAUGGGUUCAAGGCCUUACAGUAAAGGAAUAUGUGAAGGUAUAGAAUAUGCACUGAGAAGUAUGAAGGCAGGAGGAAAAAGGAAAGUUAUAGUUCCAGCUAAUUUAGGGUUUGGAGAGAAUGGUGCUGAUUUAGGUCCUGAUGUGCAAAUUCCACCAUUUGCUACUCUUGAGUAUAUUGUUGAGGUUGAGAGAGUUUCCAUUGCACCUGCAUGAUUUUUUUUUCUUUUUCUUUUUCUUUUUCACCAAACAUCUCUGAGAAAAUACUUAUCAUUUUAAGAAUAUAUUUUCUCUAUAUUUCAUGAAUAUAGAGAAUGGUAGAAUUUCUCAAAAAUUUAUAUAUAUAGUUGCUUUUCUUUUUUA